AUGAGGAGCGCAGAGACGUUGGCUAGUUUUAGACCACCCAGUCGGGGCGCCGUCUCUGCGUCUAGCGAUGGUGGAUUUGCUCGUGGCGGUGCUAGAAAAGAGGAGGCAAACCAGGUGGAUGAUAGCAAGAGGGGUGCACUGAUCGUCGUCGAAGGCUUGGACAGGGCGGGCAAGAGCACACAGGUGGAAAGACUUGUCAAGGCUCUCGACGCAAGACUUGUCAAAUUUCCAGACCGCACAACGCCUAUUGGACGCAUGCUGGAUUCCUACCUGACGCAAAAAUCAGAAUUGGACGAUCGAGCAGUUCAUCUGCUCUUCAGUGCCAAUCGAUGGGAGCUCGCCCCGAGCAUCCGCCAGGACUUGGAAGCGGGAAAAACGGUCAUUUGCGAUCGGUACGCCUUUUCGGGCAUAGCUUACUCUACAGCAAAGGGCCUACCAUUCGACUGGUGUCUCGCUCCGGACGCCACCUUGCCCGCUCCCGAUCUGACCAUCUUUUUGACGAUUUCUCCGAGCGCGGCUGCGGAGCGCGGCGGGUACGGAGCAGAGAGGUACGAGGAUCGGGAGAUGCAGCUCAAAGUGAAGAGCGUGUUCGAAGAUGUGGAGGAUAGGGUGGGCGAUUGGAUGACGGUGAAUGCGGAUAGGAGCGUGGAAGAGGUGUGGAAGGAUGUGGAAAAGGCGGCAAAGAAUGCAGUGGGACUCGUCACGGGUCCUGUGAGGGGCUUGUUCGACUGA